AGCUGAAGCCGAGCGGAGCCGGGUCGGCGGGUUUCGGGGGCACCAUGGGCAGAGGCGGCGGCACCUUCGAGCGGCUCCUAGAUAAAGCUACCAGUCAGCUUCUGCUGGAGACAGACUGGGAAUCCAUCCUGCAGAUCUGUGAUAUGAUUCGUCAGGGAGACACUCAAGCUAAAUAUGCAGUCGGUGCUAUCAAGAAGAAAGUCAAUGACAAGAACCCCCAUGUGGCUCUCUACGCACUAGAGGUCAUGGAGUCUGUGGUCAAGAAUUGUGGCCAGACAGUCCAUGAUGAGGUGGCCAAUAAACAGACUAUGGAGGAGCUGAAGGAACUAUUCAAGAGACAAGUGGAAGUGAACGUUCGCAAUAAGAUCCUGUACCUGAUCCAGGCCUGGGCUCACGCCUUCCGCAACGAGCCCAAGUACAAGGUGGUGCAGGACACCUACCAGAUCAUGAAGGUGGAAGGUCAUGUGUUCCCAGAAUUCAAGGAGAGCGAUGCCAUGUUUGCUGCAGAAAGGGCUCCUGACUGGGUGGAUGCUGAAGAGUGUCACCGAUGUCGAGUGCAGUUUGGGGUCGUGACCCGCAAGCAUCACUGCCGGGCCUGUGGGCAGAUCUUCUGUGGAAAGUGCUCCUCCAAGUACUCCACCAUCCCCAAGUUUGGCAUUGAGAAGGAGGUGCGGGUGUGUGAGCCCUGCUACGAGCACCUCAACAAGAAAGCUGAGGGCAAAACUGCUGCCACCACUGAGCUGCCACCCGAGUACCUGACCAGCCCCCUUUCUCAGCAGUCCCAGCUGCCCCCGAAGCGUGACGAGACGGCCCUCCAGGAGGAGGAGGAGCUCCAGCUGGCCAUCGCCCUCUCGCAGUCGGAGGCCGAGGAGAAGGAGAGGAUGAGACAGAAAACGACCUACUCCGUGUACCCGAAGGCUGAGCCCACGCCUGUCACCUCGUCCGCACCCCCAGUCAGCACCCUCUACUCCUCCCCUGUGAACUCCUCUGCUCCACUGGCUGAGGACAUCGACCCCGAGCUGGCUCGGUACCUGAACCGUAACUACUGGGAGAAGAAGCAGGAGGAGGUUCGCAAGAGCCCCACCCCGUCUGCUCCACUGUCGCUCUCAGAGCCAGCCGCCCAGCCUGGGGAAGCUCAUCCCAUCCCGCUCGGUGUCGUGGAGCAGCAGUACCAGAAUGGGGAGUCCGAGGAGAAUCACGAGCAGUUCCUGAAGGCUCUGCAGAAUGCCGUCACCACCUUCGUCAACCGUAUGAAGAGCAACCACAUGCGGGGCCGCAGCAUCACCAACGACUCAGCCGUGCUCUCCCUCUUCCAGUCCAUCAACAACAUGCAUCCCCAGCUGCUGGAGUUGCUCAACCAGCUGGACGAGCGCAGGCUGUACUAUGAGGGCCUGCAGGACAAGCUGGCACAGAUCCGGGAUGCUCGCGGGGCCCUGAAUGCUCUGCGGGACGAGCACCGCGAGAAGCUGCGCCGGGCGGCCGAGGAGGCAGAGCGCCAGCGCCAAAUCCAGCUGGCACAGAAGUUGGAGAUCAUGAGACAGAAGAAGCAGGAGUACCUGGAGAUGCAGCGGCAGUUGGCCAUCCAGCGGCUGCAGGAGCAGGAAAAGGAGAGGCAGAUGCGCCUGGAGCAGCAAAAGCAGACCAUCCAGAUGAGAGCCCAGAUGCCAGCUUUCUCUCUGCCCUAUGCCCAGCUCCAGGCCAUGCCAGCAGCAGGAGGGGUGAUCUACCAGCCAUCCGGUCCCACCAGCUUCCCAGGCACCUUCAGCCCCGCAGGCUCGGUGGAGGGCUCUCCCAUGCACAGUGUGUACAUGAACCAGCCAGCUCCAGGCAGCACUGGCCCCUACGCACCGAUGCCUGUUGCAGGGGCAGAUCCCAACAUGGUGAAUGCCUACGUGUACCAGGCAGGAGCAGGAGGCGGGCAGGCAGCGCCGCAAGGGCAGGUGGUUCCCACCACCAACCCAGCCUACUCCUCAUAUCAGCCGACUCCGACGCAGGGCUACCAGAACGCUGCCUCCCAGUCACAGAGCAUCCCUGCCAUCUCGCAGGCCCCCCAGUCUGGCACCAUGGGCUACAUGGGGAGCCAGUCUGUCUCCAUGGGGUACCAGCCCUACAACAUGCAGGGCCUCAUGUCGACCCUUCCUGGGCAGGAGCCGGCUCUGAGCAGCCUGCCACCCCAGCAGACUUACCUCUCGGGACAGCAGCCCAUGUAUCAGCAGAUGCCCCCCCCUGCAGGGCCCCCCCAGCAGCAGCAGCAGCAGCCUCAGCAGGCCCCGUCGCAGGUACAGCAGGCCCAGGGCAGUGGCGAGGCCCAGCUCAUCUCAUUCGACUGAUCUCGGCGAGGGGGGCUGCCCAGUGUAACACUAUUGUCUGCAGGAGUCACUUAUGUACUUAACUAGCCAUUUCUGUCUCUUCCCCACCCCCUUCCCUGUGGAACGGCCCUGCUCAAGGGGGGGUGGGACCCUGGGGCCCCACCAGCUGGCAUGCACCCUCCUGGCCUG